AUGAGCGCGCCGCUUUUCAAACUUGUUCGCAAGUGGAUCAGUGGCCAGGUUGGAUUGGACCUCACCUACUUGGUAUGGGCUAUUGCCAUCUUUGCUUCGGUGAGCAAGUAUGGCAAAGUGGCCAUCUCAUGGCUAUCCCAAAAUGUGACCAAUUCACUGGAAUUAGCCGAGAACGACGCGGCUCUGACUGAUCUACGCAUCUGGAUCCGAAGACAGCCGUCGCAUGCCAUGCUUUCAUUGCUUCCAAGCUUUGAGCACCUUGAGUGGACAGAUGUUUCUCAAAAAAACGGGACCAAGAAGAUCGAGGGAGAGAAGACUCACGAACUGCUCAGCUCUGCGGGGUGUACGCCUUUCUCCUAUCAAGGUAUACCUUUCGUCUUGUGCAAGCCGAAAGGUUUGUGGGAAGUCAAGAGUACGCUUCGUUGCCUAUGGGGCAACGCCAAACCCAUCGAGAGUCUGCUGAAAGAGGUUCAGAAGAACGCCAAGUCCCAGACGAGCAACCUCAGCAUUUUCUCUAACAUUGCCUAUUCGUACCGUUCCGAAGGCGGGUGGCUAGAGCGCAGGUGUCGCAAGCGCCUCAUAGAAACGGUCGAUCUUGAUCCACUGGUCAAACAGGAACUCGUUGCCGACCUCCAGGACUUCUUUGACGAAGACACCGAGGGAUAUUACCACCAGAAUGGGAUUCCAUAUCGAAGAGGAUACUUAUUUUAUGGCCCUGCCGGAACCGGCAAGACAAGCUUGUCUACCGCCAUCGCCAGCCACUACGAUCUUUCUCUUUACAUGAUCAAUCUGGCCAACAUGAACGACAGUACCUUGCAGGAACAGGUACAAAAACUACCCACGCGAUGUGUCAUUCUGUUCGAGGACAUUGACGCUGCUGGCGUUACAAGGGAGAGCACAAUGGUUUCUCGAAAAGGGAAAUCAGACAGUGAGGAUUCUGAAGAUGAUUCUGAGCGCGAUGGAACUCGAAAAAAGCGCGCCACCCGCAAAGCAAAAGAACCACCACCUCGAAAGACCCAAGUUACUCUUAGCGGGCUUCUAAACACACUCGACGGACCAGGCUCAAAGGAAGGUCACGUUGUGAUACUCACCACGAACGCACCCGACUCGCUUGAUGGAGCAUUGAUCCGUCCUGGAAGAAUCGACCAUACAGUAUUCCUCGGCUAUAGCACAAAGAUAACGGCUGCGAUCACGUUCAUUCGCAUCUUUGGUAGUGAUAAGCGUUUGGCAAUGCCAAAGAAGGAAGUCGACCGACUAGGUAAACGAUUUGGUGACGUGGUACCAAACAACGUCCUCACACCUGCUGAGGUUCAGAGGUUCUGCAUGAAUCGCCGAGGCUUUCCUCUUACGGCCAUCACAGAGCUACCAGUGUACUUGAAAGAGAUGCGAUCCGGCAAACCUCGAUUCGAGUAUGACAUCAACCGUGCAGCGCCACAACCUGUAGCUGGACGGGACCCUGCGGAAGACGACCAUUCUAGCGAAGAGACCCAGGAAACACCUCCCAGCUCAGAUGAAAGCAUUGUAAAUUCCGAGAAAUUCAAUCUGAGCUUCGAGGAACAAGGCUUCUCAUCUGGUCUCAAUCAGUCAACGGAGACGACGGAACAUUACUCCAGGCCAGAGAGUCUUCCUAAACUUUCCGCGUCAAGUAUCUCGAUUACGGGCUCGGAGGACGGCCUCGCAUAUGGCGAGUAUUAUCCACGCCGAUAUGAGGCUUCUAGCGCCAAUGUGAACGACAAAGACAUCAGACAGAGAAUUUUGGGAUUCCUCGACGUGCUUGCACCAGCAUCGCCCAUGCCAGUAGUUGAAGAUGUUCGCGGUCACAACUUCAGUGUUCCCGAAAUGGUCAUGCCUUCACUGAGCAUGAAUGCAGGUCAUUCAGUCUCUGCGUGGACAAGCCAACAGGCAGCUCUUCAAGCUUCCGACCAAAACAGACUCAUUACUACAGAAAUUUUGCAGCCGUUCCAUGGCAACCAGUGUCGCCAAGGUCUCUUGAAUCCCUCCGGUCUACAAUCAACACAACCCUCCCAACAGUCGCCCUCGCAUGCCGAGCCAGAACCAGCGCGGCCGCUACAUGUGGGCAGAGUGACUCUAGAAUUGAGCCAUGGCGAACAGCCAUCGCCGGCUGUGUCCGCUGAGUCCUCGGUGUACUAUACGCCUUUGUCUCUUGAAGAGCAAAUCGAUGCGAGUUUUCAUAAGAUCUUUCAGUCAAGCGAGGAAAUUUAUCAAGAGCAGUCGGCCGCGAGAAAUGAACGUAGCACACUCAUUCUGCGCACUGUGGAUCCACAACCACUGGAUGAGCUUGAACACCUACACAUCAAUGACGGCGGAGACAAACGGGACUGA